AGUAAGUCCUCCAAACUGUAACAAUUCCUCCAAACGUUAAGCUGGAGAAGAGUGAGACAGUAUGAAUGUCUGUUCUGCCAUCAGUCGCUGUUUCUUUGAGUACUGGACUCCUGAAAUCCUGGUGAUCAGGAGUAAGAAGGUUGGAGCUGUGAACCGCCUGUGCCAGUUCAUCGUUUUAGUUUACAUCGCCGGGUAUGUGUGUUAUCUGAAGAAAGGCUACCAGGACACCGACUCGGUCAUCAGUUCAGUAACUACCAAGGUGAAAGGCCUGGCACUGACCAAUGUGACGGGCCUGGGACUGCGGCUCUGGGAUGAGGCCGACUACAUUGUGCCUCCACAGGAGGAAAACUCAUUUUUCGUGAUGACCAAUCUAAUCAUCACACCGGACCAAACACAGGCACGAUGUGCUGGGAAUCCUGGACCAGAAACUUCAUGUGUCACAGAUCAAGACUGCAAGAAAGGAUUUCAUGACAUUCAGCAAAGAGGUGUGCUGACAGGCAGGUGUGUAAACUUUUCUGAGACGGAGAAGACAUGUGAGGUGUUCGCCUGGUGUCCUCUGGAGAAGGAAAAUGAGCCUCCAAAACCUCCAAUACUAGCAGAAGCAGAAAACUUUACAGUUCUGGUAAAGAACAGCAUUCGAUUCCCCAAAUUCAACUUCAACAAACGGAACAUCCUGCUUUUUGUAAACAGCACAUACUUGUCACAGUGCAUAUUUAAUCGUGCAACGGAUCCCUACUGCCCAAUCUUCAGACUCGGAGACAUCGUAUCUGAGGCUGAUGAGGAUUUCCAGACCAUGGCGGUUCAUGGUGGAGUGAUUGCAAUUCAGAUCCGGUGGAAUUGUAAUCUGGAUCUGGACGAGCGUUGGUGCGUUCCGCAGUACGUCUUCCGCAGAUUAGAUAACAAGGAUCCGGACAACAAUGUCGCACCAGGAUAUAAUUUCAGAUUUGCUAAAUACUACAAAAACUCUAAAGGUAUAGAGAGCAGGAUGUUGAUCAAAGGCUACGGCAUCCGCUUUGAUGUUAUGGUGUUUGGAAAUGCAGGAAAAUUUCACAUUAUCCCAACACUGCUCAACAUUGGGGCUGGUCUGGCAUUGCUUGGUCUGGUGACUGUGGUGUGUGACUGCAUUACCCUGGGCUGCAUGGAAAAAAGGAACAAAUACAAAGAAGAGAAAUUCACAUAUGUGGAAGACUAUGAGCCUUUAACCAACGGUCAGAUAGCAGUAAAUGUCCCAUAGAAGCAACACCCAUCAUGAAGUGAAGACGUGCUGAUUACUCACUACAAAUGUUGAUUUUAUUACCAUCUUGUUGACUGCACUGAACUUUUGCUACUAUUUAAACAAGGCAUUGAAAUAAUUGUAAAAUGUUGACCUGGUGUUAUUGUUCAUUUUUAUUUAUUCGUGUUUUCUGGAGGACACUAUAGCCGUUUAUGGCUGGAAGUCUAAGAGUGUGUACUGUAUUUGGCUCUGCUGUCUGGGUUGGAGGGGUUGAAUUCCUGUUAUCCACACUAUAUGACCAACACUUCUAAGUGACUGUAGAUGUUUCAGCCACACUGAUUUCUAACAGGUUUAUAAUAUCAAAUGAAUAAAAUACAUUUAUUCUUGCCACUCUGUCAGUCAGGUGAGAUUUACAGUACAUCACUGUGGGCAUAGAAGUUGCCCUGCAGGAAGCUCUAAUAAUUUGGUUACAGAGAAGACAUGUCUCUUAAAAGUGUCUAAAAACUUUUGAUAUUAACAGUAGACAUUAUAUGGCCAAAGGCACGUAUCAUCAACGCUCAUCAACGCUUUCUUAUCUUUUACACCACUAUAGUUAGAUGUAAUGGGGUCUACAGUGCCAUCCAGUGUUUAAAAUUCAUAAUUAAAAACAUUACCAUUAUUGAUCCAAAUUUAUAGAAAUGAUAAAUGGUAACACAAUAUAUGUAAAAGUGAUAUGAAAAAGGAGUUUAUGGUUUUAUUUUAUUGCAGACAGUAUUUCAUGUUUUGUCUGGUCAACAAAAUUUUAUUUGUUAAUGAACAUCAAUUGCUGCAUUUUAGGCCAGCAACACAUUCUAAAAAACGUUUUGGCACUGAGGAUACCAGUCAAUGAAGUGUUUUUUUGUCCCAUUCCAUUCUUUCAUUUUUCGUAGUAUAAUUCUCCACACAUUCUCUAUUGGGGACAGGUCAGGACCGCAGGCAGGCCAGUCUAGUACCGAUACCCUCUACUAUUUGCUUUUUGCAGCCAAGCUUUCGGAAUGUGUGCAGCAUAUAGUUUUGCAUUACCUCGUCACAGAAGUUUAAAUUCUCUUUACCAGGGGCACUAACACAAGUCCAUACCAUGACAAAAUAUAUAUAGCUUUGGACUUGUUGCCCAUUACAGUCUGGGCAGUCUUCUUGUCUUUGGUCCAGAGCACAUAGCAUCCAUUUCUUCCAAAAGGAUCUAAAAUACUAAUUUGAUUGAGAACAAUACACAUUUUUACUGUGUGGUGGUCCACCCCAGAUGCCUCUGAGCUCAGAGAAGUCGACGGCGCUUCUGGACAUGGUUAACAUAAGGCUUGUUUUUUGCACAGUAAAGUUUUAAGUGGUAUUCGUGCAUGUAACUCUGUAUUGUAGUGCUUAAUAAAGGUUUGCCAAAGUAA